ACAAAUAUUUUUUAAAAAAAAUUUCAAGAAUCAAAUCAAUCAUAUAAACAGUAUUUAAUAGGAUUUCAAUUCAAUAGAGGAUUAAGAAAUACGACGUAUAAUUCGAAGUGAAUAUUACCAAAAUUAAAAAUAGGGGAAAACACGCCCAUUAGGGAGGGUUCGGCGCCAAGUCGCGGUUGCACCGUCCGUUGCUGCCUCCGCCACCGUCUGCUUCACCAUUAGUUCUUAAUAUUCAAGUUUCUCCAAGAAUCUAAUAUUAGCCAGAAAAUCGAGGAAGCCAAAGCUACCUCAAUUGAUGACCAAGCAUAAUGGACUGGGCACUUGUAAAUAAAAUUUGGGACAAGUGGGCAUCUACUCAUAUUGAUUCCUGUGGUCAACCAUUGAAGGCUGCUUUGCUAAUUAACUAUGACCCAACAGGACCCUCUCGCUUGUUAUCUACCAUUGCAGAGCAAGAAGGAAUAAAAGUAAAUCCUAUUGAACUGAGUCAAUUUAUUGAUUUCAUCAAACAAAACAAACUCCAGAGUGACAGCUUCUUCAUUGGACCAAACCAAUACAUAGUCACAUCAAUUCAUGAGAAUUCGUUCUCUGCAAGGUGCAUGAAUACUUCAAAACCUGCUGGUGAAGGCGCUAUUGUAGUGCAGACUGCAGCAUUCAUCUUGGUUGCACUGUAUGAUGGUUCUAUUGGCUCAGCAUCUCGUGCUAUGGUGGUGGUUGAUCAGUUUGCAUGGCAAUUAACUCGGAGGAAUCUUUGACCCCAAUCUUGAAGCAGUUUAGUGUGUACCAAAAAUUGAUUAGUACAAAGAUAAGCGUGCUGUGGUAGUUGUUGUACUAGAUUUAUGGAGGUUGUAGUAGCAUCUUCCGAAUCUCGGGUUGAUGCACCUCAAAGCAUGAAACUUUGACAACCUGAAUUACAUAUGAACCCGAUGUGUCCAUGUUGCAUUAACCUAGUGCAAAAAAACCGCCCCUUUUUCCUAUUAAUGAACUUUUUUCAGGCUUCCAAGAUCCGACAAUGAUGUCCAGACAUAGCAAACCUACAGUACUUUCCAAGGGAAGAAUUUUCUUUCAAGACAGUACAUUUUCUCCUCUUUCAACUAUUGAAGUAACCUCUGCAAUGUGCUGAGAUGAAUUCAUAAAAAUGUUGUCAUCAUUACUUGUUUUGGGAAAAGAGAGUUUAUAAAUUCACUGAACAUUAUAUUA